AUGGUAGAACAAUUUAUUUUUAAAGCCGGCUUCACCAAAAUAGUGAACGUAGGUGAGAUUAUAGAAGGUCCAAUUUUCGCAAAGGAUGGGCAUUUUUAUAUCGUCUUGUCGUAUGAUGCCGGUGAAAUCCGCAGAGUUGAUUUAGAAAAGAAGCAGGAUAGCACUUUCGUUGCCCUGUCAGUAAAUGGGAUUAAGGGAAUGCCAGGGGGAUUACAAGCAGACCCUGAGAACAAUAUCUGGGUUUCUGAUGUGAGCCUUGGCUUAUUAAAAGUGAAACAAGAUGGCUCUAUCAAACAGGUUGUUACUAAAGAUAAUAAGAAUGAAACUCUACAGGGUCUAAAUGACCUUAUAUUUGAUAAUCAUGGUAAUCUAUGGAUGACUGCACCAUUUGGUCCUAUUGCCCCGCAUCCACUUAGACAAUCAAGGAAGAAACCAUUUGGGAGUGUGAACUGCUAUAAUACGACAACGAACGAGAUCAUAAAAGUUGCCACUGAACUUAUAUACCCCAAUGGUAUAACUGUGCAACAUGAUAGCAAUGGGACUCCGAAGAAACUCAUUUUUGGGUCGUCAUACAAUAUAACCGCCCCCUUAUGGAGCUACGAUAUUGUUGGCCCUUGUCAAAUCGAGAACAAGCGAGUUUGGGGAAAUUUACCAGUCGGCAGAUUAAGUGAUGGUAUGGACUUUGAUACAAAUGGGAACCUAUUAGUUACAGACUAUAAGGGGGGUAUGAUAUACGUCUUCGAUGCUAAUGGAGGUGGUCCGCUGUGUCAAUUAAAGUUGCCAAUGAAGCGGACAACUAAUAUAGAGUUUAGGCCGAACUCAAAUGAGAUCUACAUAACUGGAGAUGCAUUAUGGAAGCUAGAUUGGAAAUAUAAUGGAACGAAGCGAUAUUGGGAGAUGAAAGCUUAAAGUGUUAUCAUCUUUAUAACGACCAUAGCUGAGCAAAUGAACUUUAAUAGCCGU